UUUGUCGUAGUCGCGACGCCCAGUGUCCGUGCCGCGUUUCUCGAGCAGUGCGCGUCCACACGUCGCAACAUCACAGUUCCUUGUUGUUGUCGUCUCCCUUUGCGUACCCCGCGGAACAAUUGGCGAUCCCUGUCCGCGACGUGAUCGCCCUUUGUGCACGUGACACUGGUCGCCACGCGUGAAGCUUCUCCGACUGAACAUCCUCGAUCGUUUCCGUCCAGACACGCACAUAGAACGAACGUGCCGCUACGAGCUGGUUAAUCCUCGAUCCUCGAGACGCUGAGAAACACGUCAAGCACACUCCAACUUCAUGCGAAAGAUACCUCGUCUGCUCAUCGCGUUACCGAAGUUUACAAGUCGGUGUUGGUUCACCGAAGAUCGAUGGCGACGAGUUCGACGGGUUUGAGGUCGCAGGACGCCGCGUCCCGCGACGGAAUCGACCCGCAUGCGACGACGAUGACGCUAUAACGUCACAAUUCUGCGUUACACCCACAAACUUUGUCGCGGGAAAGACGUCCCGAGGGACAAAUCAAUUCUAGUGGCCGCAGGGAUCCCGAGAAACCAACUCCGCGAGCGACAAUCUACUAGGGAAGCGCGAUGCUUCUUUCCCGCCGAAAUUUUGACUCCCCAUCUUUUCCACGGAGUUCCGAAUUAGAAUCAUUCCAAUGAAAUUUCCUUUUGGCCCACAGGGAGGUAGGGGACUGGUGAAUAACUGGGACACCGGGAAACGUUGCGUCCCCGAAAAUAGAAUGAAAGUUCUUUGGGAUUGGCGGACUUGCUUCCGGUAACUGCGAGGCGUGUCGCGCGAGGAGAAGCGGGAGAAGCGGCGGCGUUGACAGCGGACGACGACUGCACGUCAGUAGUCGGUGCCAUUUCGGAUUAUCACGGUCCCGGAAGCACGAUCGUUUGACGCCUGACGGAAUGAGGUCCGUCCCACCCCCUGCAUCGUCGCCGUCGACGCAACGAAUCGCAGACUCGCCCUCGAUCCCCAGUAGAAUACGACGAACUGACAUUUAACUGGAUCGAGAAGUUCGAUCGAUCACAAAUCCGAGGAUAAUCUCGAACGACCGUGAGGAAGGAGCUUGCUCUAGAAGCGUGGAGAUCGCUACGAUCUCGAGUUGAGUUAUUGCAGUAGGAUCAUUCAAGUUUAGUUCGAGACUCCAACUGGUCUUGGGACGAUCAGUAGUCUUAUAGAAAAAUAAAAAGAAGAUUGGAAGCUAGGUGAAGUAAAAGGAUCGUCUAUCUUGUAGUCAGCAAGGUCUUAAUAUUCUCUUCAAGAUGAAUACCACGACGAUGUACACGACGAACGUGAGCGACUACGAUGAUCCCAAGGUGAGCCAGAACGACUCAAUGAUCUGUGAGGCGGACAUACCAAUAGUCUCUCUGGUCAACAUCAUCCUCUAUUCCAUUGUCUGCGUCGUUGGACUUCUAGGCAACACCUUAGUGAUCUACGUGGUACUGCGGUUCUCAAACAUGCAGACUGUGACGAAUAUGUACAUCGUGAAUCUGGCGAUCGCGGACGAGUGUUUUUUGAUAGGUAUACCAUUCUUAGUCACCACGAUGAGCUUACGCAGCUGGAUCUUCGGUAAAGUGAUGUGCAAGGUGUACAUGACCACUACGAGCAUCAACCAGUUCACCAGCAGUAUAUUCCUGUUCAUUAUGAGCGCGGAUCGCUACGUGGCCGUGUGUCAUCCGAUUUCAUCACCGAAGAUCCGCACAUCGUUCAUCUCGAAGAUAGUGUCUUUAACUGCUUGGGUGACCAGUGUCCUCUUCAUGAUCCCUAUAAUCCUCUAUGCGAACUCGAUGGAGUCUGAGCAGGGCAUCAAUUGUAACAUCUAUUGGUCUGACAACCGGGGCGGUCACACGACCUUUACUCUGUACACUUUCAUCCUGGGCUUUGCUAUACCGUUGUUCCUCAUACUGAACUUCUACUUCCUGGUGAUCAGGAAGUUGCAAACGGUUGGGCCGAAGAACAAGUCAAAGGAAAAGAAACGAUCGAAGCGCAAGGUGACCAAGAUGGUGCUAACUGUGAUCACGGUCUACGUAUUCUGCUGGCUGCCCUAUUGGCUGACACAGGUAGCGCUGAUAUACACGCCACCUAAACAGUGCCAGAAUAAAAUCAGCAUCACUAUAUUCUUGCUGGCUGGGUUCCUCAGUUAUAGCAACAGCGCGAUGAACCCAAUUCUCUACGCGUUCCUCAGCGACAAUUUCAAGAAGAGCUUCCUGAAGGCGUGCACGUGUGCCGCGGGCAAGGACGUGAAUGCUGCGCUGCACAUAGAGAACAGCGUGUUCCCGCGAAGAAACAAGGCAAACGCCGAGAGGCUGCAGUCGAACCUGCUUGCUGCGUCAGGCCAAUCCAGGCUGGAAUUGGAGGACGAGGACGCCGAAAGGUGUCUGAUCAGCAAGACGUCCACCACCACGGUGACCAUGACCUCGCGGUCAAACAUCACCAUCGGUAAUGAUUCUAAAGAACAAUCACAGCGGGACAAGGACUCGAUGAAAAACGGCGUGCAGCUCACCUUGCUAACACAGGUUUAAUGCGGAGGACUAUGAUCAUCGAUUGAACUUCGAACGAUCCAACGAAUCGAAAACGACGGACUGAUUACGAUGGCUUCUGUGGUCCAUCCUCGCCGGAUCGAGGGACGAAACUUCUUCAAUGGAUGUUAUUGCUUUUUCUACCGGAAUAAACUGACUCCUCAAUAUCUGAUUUACGUUGAUAGGGACUUCAGUUUAGUUUCUCUUCAAACAUUUUAGUUUUUUUUACAUACAUUCGAUCAUACUUUUUACAUAUUUACACAACAUUCAGAUUCCACUUGAGUAAGCUAAGUAUACAUCUGCGGUUUUCAGUAUCUUACUAAAACAGAGUUGAAUUUUUUAACAUAAAAUAGAAUCGUAAGAUCUCUGAGUUUUCAUCUACCUAUUUGCAAUGAACUUCAAAGAAAAACAUUUCUCCAUUUCUUCUGCAAUAUCAUCCUACGUACGAUAUCAGUGUCAAACAGUUACCGGUAGGUGAAGUAUUAAUCCCGAUGUCCAAAUGAGUUUCAUUGAAUCCAACGCAAGAAGACGAUCGUUUCUCCCGAGACACCGACGUCUACCAUAUCUCACCAUCGAAUAUCUCGUGGAAAGCACGAAAACCACCCAAAGAGAACAAGUUCUUUCAUGGAACGCUCGAUGUAGUGGUGCCUCUGUCCAUCGAAUUUUUCAUAUAUCCCGGAAUUGCAAGCCGUGAACAAACCCCCGUCGAUCACCUAGCUUUCGCUAAGCGUUGUAAAAUCGCGGCUAAGCAUUCGGGUUCCUGUAUCUGGCCGUUGUAGAUCUGUACCUGAUAGCGUAUCGCGUGAAGAUCGCCGGUCGUUCAGUUAAAGAAUGACAGAAACUCGGCUACGAGCCGAUUCCACGAUUCUGCGCGUCGUCCGUGACGCGUGUGCGCCGCCAUUACUCUUCGCCGGAUGAGAAGCCGACUUAAUGGCGCGGCUCCCUGUCGCCCUGACGGCUCUGGACGCGACAGCGGCCCCAGAAGAUUUAUGAGUUUUCAAUGGCGACGAGUGUGUGGCAAAGAACAGGAAGCUGGCUGAAACGGGGAGCACAGUUGGGAAAUAACAUGGACUUUCGGAAGGAACGUGUUUCGAAUUGCUGAUAGAGCUAUCGCGAUUCCCGUUUAAACGACGAGUCAUAUUUUGAGACGAUUCUUGGGCAACUGCUCGGUUGGAUAAAGAGGUUGACUACGGGAGUAUUUAUAAGAAUCUUACGAAAUUGAAGUAAUUUGUUGAGUGGAAGAGAAACUGAAAGUUAAGGACUAUUAUAGUGAUUGCGCUUUUAACCAAUUUGCGUUUUAUAUAAUCUAAAGAUUUGGAACACUCAGUAUAUCGACUUAUAAAUUCGUUUUUAUGUCUGAGAAGUUAUCUAUUUGUGGCUGAGUGUUGCGUGAAAGUAUUAAUGAAUCGCUCGGAAAUAAUUUGGUCGCUGAAUCGAGAUUGAAUAUUAUUAAAUAUUUUCUUAUAUUAUAUUGUAUUUGGAUAUUGAAAUUUCUAUAAAUAUACUAAGAUUAUUACCUAGAUAUGUAGAAUUUUCUAUAUUCGUUAGCAUUUUGUUUCAUUGGAGAAGGUAAAAUUUAUCGAUUAUCGAAUAUGCGUUCAAGUAUUUUCGAGCGGCAAUGUACAUGCACAUUGAAAGUCCAUCGAAUCGAUCGAACAUCAAUCAACGACACAACAAAAGGGACGAAAACUUGGAAGUGAUUGGAGGUAACUGGUUCACAAAAGUGCCAAAGCAGAACUAUGUCCAUAGUUCUUAUACUAAUGGGUCCGAAUCGUCGAUUUGUACCUUCCUACGAAUUACAUCUGUUAAGGGAACGUUGAGGGAAAAAAGCGAGUAACCAUAGCUUAGGUACUCGAGAAAAUGCUGGCUCGAUUCGCACCCGAGGAAAAUCGAUCCGGAGAGUCUCGAAGAAGUGGACUCCCACGGGCCUCGCAUCUCCAGCGACGUUCUCUUUUAUUUUCUUACUUCCUUAACGCUAAAACCGGGGAGGAGGUCGUUUUGACUAUUCUAGCUUCCAACACUUCCAAAGGAAAUAAUUAAUUAACGAUGAAAGUAAUGAACAAAAUUAGACACGUGACAUCUAAACUAUAAUAUUCUUAUAAAAGUAUCUAUACAUAAAACUAAAGCAACCCUCCGUCAAAACGAUUCUAAACAGUAUAAUAAUCUUUACUUUACAGUUUCAUCAAUUUCUCAUUUACCAAUAUCAAUUACCGGCGUUUCUAUUUUUAAUUUCUGCGAAUCGAGUGACAACGUCCACGCGGUGUUCCAAUUGAGUUCGAUGAAAUCGAGCAACUAAAGAAUUAACGUGACAAAUUAUAGUCAAUUGUCGUGUCAAUAGAAAGAAGGAAGGGUGAUAGAAUGUUUCCUGCAAUUGCCAAGUGGAAUAAUACGACAAGGAGCGAGUAAAAUCCGCGAGAGGUAUUAAACCACUUUCGCCAGUGGCUCCGGCAGAUCUCGAGGAAAUAAAUGAUGGUAAUUGUUUGACUGGGAAGGAUCCUCCAUUCUCAAAACCGAAAACUAGUUUUCGAUAAACCACGCGAGGAACGGUCGGCUCUGAUUGCUACACUCCGCCUGCAUUUGGCUUCCAAUCAACACAGCUUUUGAGCCGCGAUGAGCCUCUCGUUAUGGCAUAUUCGCUAACCUAAAAUUUCUCCGUUCCUGCAGAAUUCGUAAGUUCAACACAAGACGCCCGUAAAACGAGAGGCGACGAGUUCGUUGCAAGGCUCCGAACUCCUAAUCAAAUGUACCUUCUCAAGAAUUUUUAAAAUUGAAACGACUUUACUGCAAACAAAAAGCAAAAAGAAAAUGUCGAUUAAUAACACAAAGUUUCAAAUUAUACAUUGGUUUACGAUACUAUUAACGAUCAUUCAUCUUUCUGUUGAAAAUGAAAUUAAUAUUUUAUUAAAACUAAAAUUAAAAAUAAUACGGAACAGAAUGGUUAGUAUCUAAAACGGAAAACAAUAUUUCAAACCCAAUAUCAGAGAAGUUUCAUUGGAAACUGGGAGGCCAGCACUCGCAGAACACAUCGGGAACCAAAACAUCAAUCGAAAAAGCUGUAUCACGCGACAUGUACCGUCGAAGAUGGAAUUUAUGGUCCGAUCGUGCCGGGAACCAACAUCCAAUGUUCACUGAGUUUAGAGGUUUCAAUUCCCAGGCAGUUUCGCCGAGUUCCUAAGGACCCGUCAAUGUGGAAUCACCUACAUGGUUCAUCCCAUAUCGGAAAAAUUAUUCGAAACAGCCAUAUCGAAUGGUCGCGAUCCAUCUGGAUGAACUAUCGUUCCCUAACUCAGUUAGGCGGGCUCCUCUUUUUGUUGCGAGGAAGGCGAGGCUGUUUACACGUGCUCGGCCGUAGCCGCUCGUAAAACGUAACCGAAUCGCGUCACGUGCCGCUGCAGUUUGUUUCGGAUCGCUAAUUUCAGUCCGAACGCGUGCCACCGUAGACCGCGAGACCUACGCUAUUAUCGUAGUUCCUUUGAAAACUCGCUCGAAAUGCGACCACGAGACAUUAAAUUUCAUUUAACGACUUCUCUUUUGAAUUCUGUUCGAUAUAUCCAUGGAAAACACGAGUCUGGAAUAAUUAAGAUCGCUUCUUUGGGGUUAUGGAAGGCGGAUAUUUAUGGUUUCCUCAUUGCUGAAAAUACUUGAAUCUAUUUCGACAUGAAAUUGUUAGUUUUUCGGUUUAUCCAUUAAGAUUUUUGCCAAAGAUGAUUUAAUUUUCUAUCUAUAGAUACAUUCAACCGAAGAUAAAUGGUAAAGUCUCAGUUAUUAACAGUAAAACUACCGCACCCAUCAAAAUUAUGGGUUUCAGUUCUCUUAUCUCCCAAUUAUUAAUACCUUAAAAGUGUAAAAUAUCCGAAAUAAGUUUACAGAUAAAUAGUUUUACUGGAAAACUGAAAGAUGUCUACAUUUAGAAUUUUUAUAAGGAUUAGAUAUUAAUCAUGCUAAACUUCCAGUAGUUCUUGUUAAGUAAUGUGCUGUGAUGUGAUUUUUUCUUCUGGAAAUCAUCAAGCUGUUAUAAAUGAUCAAAUAUUUUUGAAUGAUAGAAGACAUGCCUCUUAAGUUCUUUCUUAAAUAUUUAGAUCAAAACGGAUUCACGCUCUGUCCAAAGUUGAAAGAAAUUGAAAGUCCUAGAUCACUGGCUAGGAAAGAUAUCGAAUAAAGUCCUGUGAAAGUUUGAAUUUCGGUAUUGAUUCUUAUCUGAUGUAGCAUUGAAACUAAUCCUUUCUGGGAGCCAUUGGCAAUGUUAUCAGCCACCGCGCGGCUUUAUUGGACAAUUUAAGCUGGUACCGCGCUGUCGAUACCGAUAACUAAGCACGCGACCCGCGUUCCCCCGAAGAAUUAGAUAUACCCGAUAUCUCGCGAGUCGAGAGGUUUCAUGAAACGAGUCGGAAGUUUACGGGAACCUUUUGUUUUCUGCUCAGUUGAACCUGAAGUUAUUCGCGGGAACGAUCUCCUUUCUUUCUGAUAAGAGUAUUCAAAUCGAACAUUGAGACUUUGUUUCGUAAGCGAGUUGUAAGAGAAGUUGAAUUUACAAAGCGGUUCAACAUGUAACAAAUCAUUGAGUAUUUUGUGUUCUAGAGUUUAAUCUUAAUUCCUUAACACUAAACAUACCACAAUCGGUCAAAUAACCAGUUUUAAAAUUUGAUUUAAAAUUUUUUAUUUUUUUUCGUCCAAUUUAACUUUCUAACGAUUCUUACAUUGUCCGGUUAAUUACGGUAUCAGUUUUUGUCUCUCCUUUUGUUUAAGUUUCUACUAAAAAAAUUGCUCGUCCAAUUUAUUUACCUUUAUUUUAUAACUAAUUCUUUAGCUGGUUAGAGUGGAAAUAGUUAUAUAUAAAGUGCUGGUACGUUUAGUGUUAAAACAUCUCGACGACUGCAUAUAUUCACGCAAACCUUCAAAAUCUAUUUAUAAUAUAAUAUAUUCUUCCUUCUAAUAAUAAUAUCUUUCUUUUAAUAACAAUAUCUUCACUAAAACGAAAACAGUUCUCGAAAGUCACUUGAAAUGUCACAAAAAACCUCUCUGGUUCAACUAGAUAUCUCUAAUGACAAUUUAAAUCUAUAUACUGCUCUAUCUACGUAAUCUCGAGUUACAAGAGAAGUGAAAUUCACGAACCGCCCGAACAUUCGAGAAAACAUCGAAGAUUCAAUGCAGAGGGCCGGCAAAUAUUUGACGUUCACAUGAACACCAGGGGCCGGGGAGAUACAAUAUCGCUGAGAAGAUAAUCUCAUUCCACUUGCUUCCACAAAGAGUGUAUUCUGGGUCGAGCAGCGCGGUAGCCGAGGGAACACAAACACGAGUGCGACUAGGCAAGAUCCGAGUACUGGCUGCGUCGGUGAACCGUCGAUCACAAGAGGAUCCUCGGGGCCGAGCUUACACGGCUACAUCAUUAACGCAACUUUCUUGGAGUUCGCCGCGGGGCUGCAGCGAGCCAGCUUCUGAUUUCAGCCGGGUUUAUUGGAUUCUUUCCGGGCAACGUGUAUACAGAAAGAGCAGGUUCAUCCUGCACGCAAUUGAAUUACUUCUGCCGACGACUGCCUCGCGUGCACAUUAAGCAAGCGACUUCAUUGUUAUGACGACGCGUUGAGCAGCGUUAGCUGAAAAUUCGUCAGUUUAAUGGGAACGCGAAACCAGGAUGUUGAUUCCGGAGAAUCAUGGGGUUAGAGAUUCAUCCUUUGCGAACGAGGAUUUUUAUAAGUUCUAAUAAAUGAAAUAGAGAAUUGUUGAAAAGCUUUUCUCAUGAGAAAUUUAAUUUCGAACUCUUAAAUGCCAGAAGAAAAGAAAAUAUAGUGUUUUAUUGUUGAAGUGAUUAAAUUCUAUGCUUGUAGCCUUAGAUUUUACGUAGAUUCUGUGAUCCCGAUUAGUGAUUUUGUCAAUGAGAUUGUGACAGAAUUCGAGAUCGAAGUUACAGGAUAUAGACGAAUUUUUUGUAUGUCGGAAGGAUACGGAAUCGAAAGAAGACAAUUCUAGAAACCGAAGAAACGCAAUGUCAAAUUGUGUGCAAGAAACUACUGCAAAGGAGAAAUCGUACAUGGAUUCGACAGAAGUCUGAGAAGCUUCACUGUUUUUUGUUGCAACUGUUUUACGUCGCCGGAAGGACAAAGGCAGGAAAAUCAGUCAGAAAUUCAUCUCUGUAAUAUAACGAUGUCGUUUCACGGAAACGACUACGGUUAACAUUUCACAUUUGGAAGAAAGCUGAAGAUAGGACGAUGAAACGCUUCGGAGAAUUCGCUUUUACUGCGAUGAGGCACUCCCGAUCGAACAUCAUCGUAAUUUCUUAUUUCUUUAACGUUGUUUGUCUACUACCGUCCACGGUUCAACGGCGCGUCUUCCUCGCAAAACGGAACCAAUAUUAUUCUGCGUUCACGUCACUUGCACGUUAAGCAUUAUUAUUGGCAUCUGUCGCGGCGAAAAUAAUAUUUUUCAAAAGCUUGCCAACCUGUCCAUGAGUUUGUCGAAUGUUCGCGAGAGAUCGUCGAGUAACGCAAUAAGUUCUCCAACGUCCCCGAAUAUUUCGAAAUGAAGUUGGAGGAUAUUAAACGGAGCUUAAGCGCUCUCGGAAGAACUUGGAGGGUCUUCGAACGUCCCCAAGAGUUUCGAAAACAAGGCGAAAGUCCCUUAAGGACAUCUAGGUUCAUAACUGAUACUAGACUGUUUAUAAGGAACCUCAUGGAUUUCAACAAGAUUUUAGAGAACUUUUAAAGAUUCACAUGGACUUCAAGAACAUUCCAAAAGAUACCUAAUGAUUCGCACAGACUCCAAAAACAUCUCAGAAAACAUCUAAGGAUCACGCAUCCUGAAAGAUCUUCCUCCUUAAUAAUCCCUGCCAUCUUCAAGUUGGUUCCUAGGAGCUCCUAAAAACCCCUUGCAUUUCAGGGAAAUAUCCUGUAUUCUCGAGGGUCCCUAUGCAAUUCAAGAGGAUGCAAGAAGUACCUUCGCAAUCUCCAAAAUCUUCUGAAGGAUCUUGAAGGGUUCAUAAACUCUCUGAGAGCAAUAAGAGCCCGAGUGGACCUGGGAGAUCUGCAAGGACAUUUUACUCCAUUACUGUCAUUAUCACGGUACCUUUUAUCACAAAUAAUUUCGUAAUUUCAAUAACUUCGUCCCUUCGUAUCAUACUCCAAUAAUUAAUUAUCUGAACGCCAUUAUCUUGCACAAUCCCUCCCGACAUUUUCUCGUUGUCUAGGCAUCAAGCCUCGUCACGAAUUGCAUCACAGGGUUGACGCGCGCGUACCUACGUAUCGAUGGCAUUCGGUCGUUACGCGGUUAAUUGCUUUUACGGCAGCCCUCUUAGAGGGAGGAGAACGAGAAGCGGCUGUUGAUGGGUUUGCUUCACUCGCGCGGCCGAUAUCACGUUAGAGUUAAAAUAACGCGGGGAACACAGGGGCGAAAUAUUGGCAAGGUGUGCCGGCGCGUCGUUACGUCCGUUAAGCGGCGGCUGCCGCGGAAUUCGUAUUUAAUUUCGUUAAACGAAACUGCAAUCAAAUUUAAAUUUUAAUGUCCGGGAUGCGGCGCGUUACGUCGCGGAACACUGCGGGGGCGGAACGUUUAAUCGGCGCGCUUUUAUAUGGCUGAGAGCGAGACGGGGAACGACGUAAUUCCAGCGACGAGGACCGUGUUUAAAGGAAUGCCCCGUUCGCUGGAGCCGUUGGCCGUUACUCCACCAAAAGGGCUGAUAAGCCGACGCUGCAAUUCUCGAAAUUUUUUAAUUCUCAUCCCUUUUUCUGUAAUUCCGUCAAACCUAAUUUUUGUAAAAAAUUAUGUUGACAUAUCUGUUAUGAAUUUAUUACGUUAAUAAAUUAUUCUUUAACACUAAAACUACCAGACGGGUAAAAAUUACCCAUUCCCGAUGUCUUUAUUUCGCAAUUAUUAGAAAUUUCUCUGAGAAAUUAUUAGAGAAAUUGAUGUAAUAAUGCGCAAACUGGAUGGAAAAUCAAUUAAAGUCUGAAGAAUUGCACUCUUGGAGUAUGUCUAGAGGAAUUUCAAAAAUUCAAUUUAACUGCGAGGUAGGUUUGAUGUUAAAUUCAUUAAAUUAGUCAAUUAUUCCUCAAAGUUAUUAUAACGACAACAAUGGAACAUCAGUAACGAUAUUAUUUUGAAUAAAAUAGUGGUAGUAUACUACUUUUUUAGUAGAAAUAGAUUCAAAGUGAAGAUGUAUACAUAGUUGUCUGACAAAGUUUUAAUAUUUUGUCAGAUAUUGAAGUAGUCGAACGGCGUAUACUACAAUUUGCGCCUAAUCUGAAAGGGUUAUUCGUGUCCGAGCACAUUCGUUUUUCUCGUUUCACGUUUAUUCCCUCUCCGGCCUAUUUAUCAUUGCAACUUUCAUUCAUUGUCCUCAGGUUUACGAGACCGUCUCGCCCUUCGGGUGAAUUACGAACACUUUCUCGCGUCGAAUACGAAAUUACGGUAUAACGUCCGGCGAAAUGCGAGGGUGCUAUAAUUCUUGGCCCCUGACGGGGAAAUUUCAUGCGGCGAAUGUAUAAUGCAAUUAUUUCGUAGAUCCUAUUCGGAGUGAUUAUUCUUCCUGUCUAUGUUUUCGAGAAAAUAUAUCCUUAUUUUACUGAGGAAGAUACUUUAACGUCAGCCUUGAAGAUACGAACGAAGAUAAAUAAUCGUUUGGAAUAUUCCAGGGAACAGGAGUAUUAUAUAUUCUAUACCCAAUAGGCUGAUGUAGCUAAUUCAAUUUUACCAAAGUUGAUUCGUAGCUGCAAACUUCCCGAGAAAGUGGAAAAAAUAAUGGAAAAUAAAUAGAAAGAGUACUUGCACAUCCGCAGAAUAGCAGUGCUCAGAACCAGUGAUCCAUUUCAAAAGAUUUCAAACGACACCGCCGAGGCACCCGGCAAAAUUGCUCAACCCAUACGUUCGAAUUCGAAGCCAUUACGCGCACAGAAGGUGGUGACUUCGGAAAAUGAAGCGAGCGAUUUGAAAUGUCUUCCGGGAAAUAAUAAACUCGAGCGAUUCCAUUCGAGUUCACGGCGCAUAAAUAAAAGAGCCCGAACUCUCGGUUACCGGGGACCAUCGCAGAGUGCAGCCGCCUGUAAACAAAACUCAAAAAGUCAACUGUUCACGUAACAAAAAUUGGAAGUUACCAAUCUAUUGUUAAGUAGUCCCUGCUAUGCAAAAUAAUCUUUAUUCCAAAAAUUAAUGAAUUAAAUAACUAAACUAACCACUACUUAGCGGGCUCAAAGAUUGCCUUACAGACAUUCCAGGUUUACCACGUGUUUAUAUUAUUACCUUGUGUUCAUUGUUAAAUAUAUUUAUUUAGAUUUUUAACAAUGGAAAACAUUCUCCGAAGCCUGUAAAUCUGUUUUCAUAUGAUUUUGUGCAAAUAAAUUCCGGUUCUCUAUUUAUAUAACACUGAAAUCAAAAUGCAGAAUAUCCAUUGUCAUUUAAAAAACUUCAGAAUAUCGCUAUAAUGUAAAAAAAAUAUAACCAUAAUAUGCUUAACUCUAUACCUUACAACUUUUGUCCAAAGCAUUUCUUUUCUAUCGCUUAUACUUUUUAAGUUAUUGAGUUUUGCCCAGAACGCGAGCGUUUGACUGCACUGUGCGUCGUUUAGAAUCAGAAUCGUAAUCGCAAGUUCCGUUCCUCGGGCUCGGCGACUCGCGGCACAUAAAUCGCGGAAAACUUGUGCGGUACUGUUCCCAGCCACCGGAUAAGAUUUACACGACGCGCGUCCGGGAUUCGGGAAAUUAUGCUGCUGGUACAGCGCCAACAAUUUUCACGGGACAGGGACAUAUUUGUCGAGGUACCGGCGCAAUGUUUCUCGGAAAAAUUUCCGUCCCCAAUCCCCGGGUGAUUAAACAUCUCGCGAGGAUGUAAAGUCAGGCGAUAAUUCUCGGGCGUGAUAUUAACUGCAUUCGACCACUAUGAACGUCAUCUUAACCCUUUGCAUUCGGUUUAUUUUCAAUGUUGUUGGAUGUAAACUUGUGUUUAUUUUUACAGAAAUGAAUUAAAGUAAUUUACAGCUGUAGAAUUCAACGUUUUAUAUUUAUUUAAUUUAUUUUUAUUAUAAUAAGUAUAUAAUUUCUUAAUUAUAAUAAAUAAAUAAUUUCAUUGUUAUAAUCUUUAAAAAUGUGGUACUGUUUCAAACAAUUUCAUGCCGAUUGUCAACAAUGACAUGUGAGUGCAAAGGAUUAAAAUUCAAAAUACUAAUUCUUUCAACGAUGAAUUAUUUAUUUUCUCAAAUAGACGUGUAAUUCUUUUUCGUUUUGCUUCAAGUUUUUAUUAGAAUAUAUUAUAGAUGUAUGUGAGCUACGUCUGACCAGUAUACACUUGAAUGUUUGUUUUAUUGCGUGCAGAAUGAAAGUCAUUUGAAACUAAAUUCCAUUAGUUAACAGAUUAACACGUUCGCGGAUAGUAAAAAUUUCAAUGAACUGCAAAAAUAGACAGUACUGAAAUGCAGUACUCUAAGGAUUAAAGUGCAUAGUAAUUGAAAAAAAUUUAAUCCACAUAGAAUUAAAUGCGAUAAAGUAUCUUAUAAAUUUUAAUGUUACAUCACAAUGAAAAUGAAUGUUAUAGCAUUCACGUCUGCGAACGUUUUAACAACUCGCAAAACGUGUUCUCGCUACGAAGAUGAACGAGCUUGACGAUACAUAAUUCUCGGAGACGCUGCGCGAAAGAAAAUUAGCCGGGGAGCUUCCUCUUUUAAUCAGAAUUGAAUUUUCCGACGAGACGCGCGACAGUUAGCCAACUCCUUAACGAACGUCCAUCGGGAGCGAAAACGUUAAUGCUUCGAUGGAACGAUGGUAAAAACUGGAAAUAUCGAGGCAAUCAUGCAAAAAGAAAGACGAUCGUUUGGGUCCAGCGUUCUUCGAACGCUCGCGCGAAUUUCCAUUGAUCAGGCGGCCUGGUUUACCAUUCCGGAGGAGGAACCAAUCACGAGAGAGCUCGUCACAGUUCACCGACGAUUAAUUCCCAUCGGGUUUUGCUUCACGCACGGUUCAACGAAUAUUUCUUAUUCUUCUUGUUCAGGUUAGAAAUUGCCUGAAAUUGAAAGACAAUAGCUGACGAAAAGGAACCGGAGAAAAAGGGACCAGAAAUUGAUCGAGAGACGAUCCCUCCCAUGCGGGAAAGAAUUCUCGGAACGUUUCCCUUGCGGCUGCGUUUAACUCGCGUACCCUUUGCGCGGUAUAUCAAAUUCUUCUCGAUACCAGCAAGUGUUGAACGGGUGAAGCAAACUUUCGUGUAACGUGUCAUUCGAUGAUAUUGAAAUUGUUCUCAAUUUAAGGGAAACUGCUGCUUUGAAAUAAAUUAGUAUCCGAUUUAAAAAACGGUAUUUGUGUGUUAUGUACGCGACGAAUUCUUCGGUUGAAAGAUCUUCUAAGUUGAGAAGCCCAUAAAGCUCGUCUGUUUUAAGUAUUAUGAAAGGAUCUCGGAGGGUGCUGGUAGUUCUGAAAGAAAUCCAAGAGAUCUUCAAGGAUCUGCAUGGAUUACAAGCGUAUCCAAGCAGGCACUCAAGGAUCCCCGUGCUUUCUAAGGAGAUUCAUUUGUCUAUAAGGAAGCUAAAGUCUCUAAGGUGUCUUUAAGGUCUCCAGGAUCGAAGUGAAUCUUAGAGGACUCUUAAAGACUCCUGUGGAUUUCAAGAAAAUCCCAGAGAAUUCUUAAACAGUAAGUAAUUGAUAUUGUUCCUUCAUUAUUUUUUAUCACCCUUUUUAGAAAAGAUGAAAUUGAUCUAAAUGCGAUACUUUCUCUCUAUCGCGUUUUAAAGGGUACAAAGUAAAUAAUAAUUGUAAGGAGCUAAAUUAAGUCAAUCAUUGCAAAAUUUUUUCGACACCGAACACUCAAAUGAUGUGUCAAAUUUAAAAUGUAAUCAUUCUUUAUUCUCUGUCGAGUUCUAAAGGAUGCGAAAUAAACAAUAAUUCGAAGGUGUCAAACCAACCAAACCAUUGGAAAAUGAUUUAUCCGGCGUAAAACACACAAAUGGCGCGUCAGACCGUCCCACCAGCCGGUUUCCUAAACCGUGAAACAAACCGAACUUCGCAGCAAAUGUACACGUAACCACGGAUAUCGUGAACUCACUUGCCGCCGAGCAAAGAGACGCCAGACGAAGCCGCUGGAUCCGGAAUCGACCUAAUUCGAGGAUUUCUGAAUCAGUGGGCUUCAAUCAGGCAACGAAAACUCGUGUCUCAGCGAGACGCACAGGCACUGCUACUAAAGCUCGAGAAAAUAUUUGCGGAAAUGGGAUUUUCUUCGAUCGUAGAACCAUCCAAUCACGAACGAUAGUAUUUGACUUCGCCUAGAGGAUCUUUGAAUCAUUAUAGUCCAAUCUGAAUUCACGACUGUUGGGUUGCGGAGAUGUAGCACGAAAUUUAGGAACGAAACACUAUGCUUUUCCAUUACUGAGACAAAACGGAUGAUGGUUACAGCGCAUAACAUUGAUUUCUUACACUAAUUAAUAUAAAUUAUAUUAGACAUCUCAAUUGAAGCGUCAAAUUCUUCCGAAAACUUCAUAUAUCAAUUCUCUAUUCACAUUAAGCACUACAUUAUCACUUCAUAAAAUUUUGUGUUGCAGAAAUAAAUUAAACUUCGCACUCAUAUUUUCCCGAAACGCAGGACCAAAACCCAGAAAAUCUCGUAGUUAAAAUCCAUCCCAAUCUCAGCCAAUCUUAAUCCCAUUGAAACUCCAUUUCGACCGCACACAAUAUUCUUGCAUGCAUACACGCUUAUUAGCAUACAUUCCAUCAGUAAUUCGUAUUUCGCGUGAUUCGAUCGAAGAAUGCGUGGCGGCCCCGCUCCGAACACAGUCAAGAAAGCCAACGGGAUCCGGCCCGAUCGAUUCACGAUAAUCGCGCAGAAACAGGAUUUGCCAUUCCCGUUUUCGUGUGCGGCACGGCGGGUGACCGGCCACGAAUCGGCUGCAACAAAUUCGCGGGCCAGCGGUUGUGUAAUCGGGGUUACACAGCCGCAAAAUUGCCGAACGGCCGGUAAUUGCCAAACGACCGUGCUCAUCACCUAUUCAACAACCGUGCCCAACGUUAAUCGGAUAAACUCGUCCGGCCCGCAGGUGUGACGCUUAACAAGAUCAUUUGGUAGCGAUACAGUUUACCCCUUCGUCGCCAGAAACUCGAUUCUUGGAAUUGUUUUUCUUAUCCCAAGAGACUCGAAGUGUCCGCGAACGAAAAGUGUUUUCCAAAGCUUUCCGUUCUCCGCCAAUCAUUCUCCAGGGCGUUAAAACACCGUUCCCGUUUCGAGAAGAAUGGCGCCUCUUAAGUUUACUUCCGCGCAAGCCGUUUUUCCCGGCGGAAUCGAAGGAAAACGAAUUUCCUGGCACCUUGGUAGCCAGUCGCACUACGCGAACGGCCAUCCCGUCGACGCCGGUAACGACCUGUAAAUAACGGACACCGUUUCACGGCGUGGAAUUCAUUUUGCUCGCGACACAGAACGGAUUCCAGUGGCGAAGAGUGGCUUUCGUAAAACUAUCAAUCCAUCCGCGACGCUUUUAAUGAACCGAUGGACGAGAGGCUGCCUCCUAGCGCAGCCCGAAAGCUCCUCGUGUGCGAACGAUCGAUUUCCAAUAGACGUUCGUCACCCGAUGAUCCUAAUGAAACCUCUGUCAAGGUCGCGUCCACUAGAGCGAAGAUCUCGCGGGAUGAAGUGGCUGAGAUAGAGCGUUGAGGGAAGAGAAAGUGUGGCAGAUAAAAUCCGUGGCUAUGAAUUAGAAUGCGAGUCAUUUAUUGUGCACAAAUUUCAUAUUAAAUAUCAAUUUAAAUAUCAAUUGUUGUUGAUUUGAAUUGAAAUUUAUCGACGAAGUUUGGAAAUGUUUUCUUCUUGAUAUAUUUUUCAGUAAAACUGAUGUGCUAAGGAUAAAAUCCUCGUACUAAUACAUGCAUGUUCAGUUUUUCUUUAUUUCUGCACAAAUGAUAAUAAAGUUACACAACGUUUAUAGAUUUAGGUAUUCUUGUAACUGGUUGAAAAAAAGACAUUUUCGAUAUUUAAAUAUCAACUGAUCAUUCAGUUGUCUAAUGGAAUAGGAUCAGUUUACUGAAACAAAAACAACGACGCUUCUAAACAUUGCAACCGUCUCACUGCUGCAACACAAACAAAGAACACGUGCUCCCGCCAAAUUGAAUGAAUAAAAUACCUCCAAGUAAUAUAGCAUUCCGCCAUAAACUGCGAGCGGAAACAAGUUCGCGACGCCGGGUCGAGAGAUAACAUGUUUUGCGCGCAGUUCCCGAAGUUUUCGCAUUCGAAAUUAUUUAUCCAAGAGCAUCGAGCGUUGAUAAAUUGUCGCGUGCCGUUUCCUCUCGCUUGUAGAUUGCCUCACCAGCCCCGUCCCCGUCGGUCUUGCGAUGCAAAUGGCGGUUUCCGGCAGUCACCGUGCACGUCGGAAGCUCUAGCUGAAUUUCUGAAUGGAGGAUCGCUGGUUUCGCGCAAGAACCUUGGGAUUUAUGUGCGGAAACGCGCCGGCGUGUCUCGAAAACUUGGAGCUUCCCUCUUCUUCCGAUUUUUGUAGGUCACGAGUGAAUCGCUACUCCAACAUAUAAAAAGGUAGUUUGAUCGCCGCGAAAACAUCAUCCACGAAAAUAUUACUCCUUCUCCAGUCAAAGAAAGAAUUUUAUUGGCGAAUAUUUUUGUGACGAGUAGCUAAAACUGUUUAUAAAAGUGUCACGCGGUACGUAAAUCGAAUAUACACCGCAAAAUAAUCUAUUUGUAUUAUCUGACAUUAUUGUAUUGCCAGAGCCAUUUCGGGGACAUAAAAGAACAUGAAACAAAGUUACCAGUAAUUUUUACAAAACACUGGUUAUUUAUAUCGUAAAAGAACAUAAAACAAAGUUACCAACAAUUGUUAUAAAACGCUGGUUACAUCUAUUCUAUACACGUCCCAGUAACAAAAAAUUCAAAAGAAAACUCUUUCAUGUUACUCUUGAUUAUGCUCUUAAUCCGAGUCAGUAUUAAUAUCAUUCUCCACAGGAAAUUUCCGCCGCGAGUGCGACUCGGACAAAAAACCGUUCCCAUCCCCCGAACGGGAUUUCUAGUUCGUAUAAUGCAUUCGCGUUCAUCCAGUUCCACGGCGACGCGAGUCGGUCAAUGGAAGCACUCUUAUUUACUUCAUCCGUUUUCCAAUUAAUCGGAAUCCACGAUCAGCAAGUAUCAUAUCUGGCGCUCUCAUAACAUCGACUCGACCUAGAUCCCAUUCGAACGUUGGAUUCCUCGCGAACGGUUUCAUUCACGAUGCCUCGGACGCGCCAAUUAAACGAUUAAUCCGAUGCUCGCAGGUGCGUGAUUGAUUCCCGCAAGGGAUCGCGACGUUAUCGGGAACAGAAGUGCCAGCGUCGACGGUAUUUCCCUCGCUCGACCGGGACCCUCGAAAUUCUCGCCACAUUUCCCGCGCAAGGCGAACUCCCUAGGAAUCCCCACGAAGGAAUGCGAAUGCACCGCGACCGGGAUGCGCCACGGAUUCCCGGGAUUCCAUGCUUCCGGCGGCACGAUUUCACACUCGUAGGCCUCGCGGCGGACUUAUGUUGGCUUGACACCGAAGAAACCUGAUUUGCCUAAUCUUUUCGCGGAAUUCCGACUAAUGUCUUCAUCUUGUUCUUUUGCGUGGGAGAUGGGAAGAAUGAAUUUGGCGAAAGUGGAUGGAUAAUUGAAUGAGUGUUUGGAAGAAAAAUAUUAUGUUUCGUUACAGCGAAAGGUAAAUGCGAUUCGUUACUCACUGCAGCGGUUGAGAGAUUAGGAAAUAAAGAAUGGUGAGAAAGUAAUGUGUUAAAUGUAACUUACAGAAUAAAUAUUAUUAAUUUUGAUUAUUGUAUAACUAUUUUUUAAUGGAUUAUGUAAUUAAUAAUAUUAAUUAUUAAUUUUACUGAUAAUAUGAAAUUGUUAUGUCUAACAAUUUUGAAACAUUUUUUCUGAGGAAAUAUCUUUAGAAGAAUUUCUGAUGUAGAUUCAAUUUCAAUUCAAUCUUUUAAUUUGAUCAAUUUUAGUAACUGUGAGGAUUUAAACUAUUAUAUUUUGUUAAUAAUUGUACGUCACGAGAAAUGGAGACUUAAGAGAUAAAAGGUUGGUCAUUGAUAAUAUGGAAAUAAUAUUUCAUAUUUGGAUCUCGACUGCUAUCUGCGUAGACCUAUUAAUUAUCUACAACGGACUCUCCCGCCGUAAGUAAUUCUAUCGGAUUGACCGAAAAGUUAUUUGAUAUUUAUCAAGAAAGUUCAAGCAGGAGUUUCGCUGUAUUCAAUUAAACUUUACUAAACUGCGCUACCGGAAGAGAGUUCGGUAUCUGUCAUCGAAUCGAUGGAAACGCAGAUAUGUUCGUUAAGUCAGCGAACUUAAGUAAUUAUAAAGAAUUGUAUUAAUUUAUAAAAGUUGAUGUGAAAAACUUUGAAUACGUAUUUCUGAAAAUAUUAGCUUCUUUAAUACAAAGUUUGUCACACUGUAGAAUUUUAUUAAAUAUCUGCAAGUAGUUCCAAUCUUUCUUUCAUGUAUAAACCAUUUUACCAUUUUGUAGCGUGAUAAUUCGAAAUUGAAUUGAUUACAUCAUUAAGAAAAAAACAUCAAGGCUUAUUAGUCAACCGGAUAGACACAACGAUAUAAAUGUAAGAAUGUCGCUGAUCGAGAUACGAAUAUAGGAAUAAAUAAUUGCAACAAAAAAAUUUCCUUUGAUUCCACGAUUCGCAUAAUUUUGUAUAAUCUUAACUUCAACCCACGCGCCGAUCAACUUCAUCGAUCACGUGUAUUGUACGUGGAGACUCGUACGCGUGUUUCAUUGUAAUCGAGUGACUGGAACGACAUCGACUAUUCAAGUAAUUAUUCUAGACGUAAUUAAAUAUAAGCAUUGUAACAUUGAGCGUCGCCUUCUCACCCAGCGAUCUCACUGGAGAAUAAAUCUUGCGUCGAUUGCGAGGGCGUGUUGCACAAGACACGUCGUUAUAUGAAUCUUAGAUGGUAUUGGAUUCAAUUGUACGCGCGAAUCGUUUUAAUUAUAUCUUGUACAGCACCGGCGGAACGCGCGUGAAGAUAAGCGACCGAUGCGACGCGAAACAAAAGAAACGAAAAUAACGUGAGCGAAUAUCGAGUCGCGACCGGCCAAUCUGAACGUAUGUAAAUAUACCUCGAUGUUCCCUGUACGAGACUAAACAUCUAC